AUGCGGUCAUGGUAUCAAUUGUGCACUGCUGUGCUGCUAUCGUCGCUAGCGCUAGGUGUUUACGGCAAUGAGGUCAAAGUUGACCAAAAGGAGGAGAACCGGCAACAAUGCUCUGGCAUGUUUAGUCGCAAGGGCUGGGGUGGAGCUGUAGACCCCUUCAUCUUGACCAAGUUUGUUAAGCCUGAGAACAUACCCGAAGACCAGGAUCCCGUCGUAUCGCUCGUUAUGUUCGAGUGGUCGGAUCGCGACUACGUUGGUAAACUCAUGGACGACACAACCUCGGAUCGUGCAUACAUCUGCGAUGCCACCGCCAUCGAAGCCAAGUUCUGCAAUACAACAGAGGAGGGCGAGUUCAUUCUAUCCCAGGACGCCGAAAAGAGCAAGAGCAUGAUCAUCACACAAGCAAUACAUCUCAAGAACCCGCCUGCCAUAAACUAUCCUAUCAAGCGUACUGGAUACUAUUGCGUGGGCACGUACGGUUAUACUGCAGAGAACUACAACGGUAUCGUCGAGUUCCGCAACAGUUACGGCGAGCUGCCUGCUGCUCAAAUCGCAAAGCUGCCCUUUUACGGUGCUCUCACCCUCGUCUACGCCCUUGCAUCUGCCGGCUGGGCUUUCCUAUAUUUCCAGAACCGACAUGACAUUCUGCCAGUCCAGAACUACAUAACAGCCAUUCUGGUUUUCCUCGUCAUCGAGAUAUUUAUGACAUGGCUCUUCUACGACUUCCAGAACAGGCAUGGUCUUAGCACAGGCGCCAAAGCGUUGCUCAUCGUGGUUUCUGUCCUCUCGGCAGGCAGAAACUCUUUCAGUUUCUUCUUGCUACUGAUUGUAUGUAUGGGGUACGGCGUCGUCAAACCCAGUCUGGGUCGCACGAUGAUCUGGGUUCGCUGGCUGGCCAUCACUCACUUCAUCUUCGGAGUUGUCUAUGUAAUCGCCUCUCUUUCCGUGACCCCUGAGAAUGCUGGCCCUCUGGUCUUGCUCGUAGUACUGCCUCUCGCAGCUACACUGACAGCCUUCUAUAUCUGGACGCUUAACUCGCUCAAUGCCACCAUGAAGGACUUGAUGGAGCGCAAACAGACCAUCAAAGCCAUGAUGUACCGCAAGCUCUGGUGGUGCAUUCUUGGCUCCAUCGUUGUCAUCUUCGUCUUCUUCUUCGUAAACAGCUGGACUUUUGCCGGAGUUAGCGAUGAGGACUUCGUACCCACACAUUGGUCGUCACGUUGGUUCAUUCUGGACGGCUGGCUCAACCUGGUGUACCUCGCGGAUGUUGCGUUCGUUGCCUGGCUCUGGCGCCCAACAGCAAACAAUCGCCGCUUCGCCAUGAGUGAUGAGAUUGCUCAAGACGAUGAAGGAUUCGAGAUCGCAAGCAUGCGCUCUUCCCUCGACUUUGACGACCCUGACCUCGAAGGCGCACCACCCGCCUAUGAUGCCCCUAGGAACAAUGCUUCAAGCUCCAUAGCCAACCGUGACACAUCACCUCUGCCAGCGCCCAAGCCGACAAAGCCUGCGCCAUUGCCUAGAGAAUCUUUGGAUGGUGAGACGAUAUUUGCGGUCGGUGGAGAGGAUGACGAUGACGAGAGGUGGAGUGAAGACGACAGUGAUAACGAGGGCAAGCACUUGACGGGCAAGAAAGAUUAA